AUCUGUACUGCGAUAACGACGGAGUCAAGUCCUAAGCAAAACAUUCAGUCCUCCACGUUUGGAUGUGUAAGAUGAAAAGGUCACCACCAGAAAUCCACGGCUAGAGCAAAGGCCCAUCAAUAGUCUAAGAUAAUUCAUCUUGGACCCUGCCAUUUUUCAUCUCAUCAUCCUCUGACCCAAAGCCUACCUAGUAGCAAGUUACAACCAUGAAUACCGUGCCCGCUAUUCAACCAUCGUCCGCCCCUGUAGCCUUGUCAAUCUCCUUCAACCAGGACGCCACUUCUUUUGCCGUGGGAUUAGAGACAGGCUUUUCUGGUGGGUGGUGAUUCUUAGGGUCCAUACAAAUGUAAAUAAUGACUCCGGGAUAGUCUACAAAACAGAAAAAUGCCAGCUUCAAAAACACGGAGGUACUUUCCACUCUCUCUCUCUCUCUCAAAACUCUCUCAAAACUGCCAUUACCACGUGCUAAGUACACUAGAUUUCAGUGCUGGAAUUGGAGCAGUUGAGAUGCUAGGAAACACAAACUAUCUUGCUCUCGUUGGAGGCGGAAGACAACCAAAAUUUUCACAAAGUGAGGUUGGUGAUCAAUCAAUUUCACUAUGUGUUUCCUGCGCUGAUGACAUGCCAAGAUCAAUAUCUGGGACGACGAAAAACAAAAAGUUGCGAUUACCAUCCCUACUUUCACUCCCGUUUUAGGCGUCAGGCUGUCGAGAAUGCACAUUGUCAUUGCCCUUCAUAAUAGCGUGCAAGUCUACAAAUUCCAGGUCAGACCAAGUAUCAUGCAUACAUACGAAACCGCAGACAAUCCUCACGGUCUAUGUUGUCUGAGUGACAAGUAUCUAGCAAUGCCAGGGAUCACUCCAGGUCAAGUACAACUUGUUGAACUAAGUACAGGAACUAUUAGUCUCGUGGUGGCUCAUAGCUCACCCUUGAAGGCUAUGGACAUCAGCCGAGAUGGUAAAGUUUUAGCUACGGCAAGCGAACAUGUAAGUACAAAAGUACAAGUCGAUUGCUCUCGAAUUUUUUCUGACCAAAUUCCAGGGUACUUUGAUACGGAUUUACAAUGUGAAUACUUGCGCUCGACUUGCUGAACUUCGGAGGGGUGUUGACCCGGCUGCCAUAUUUUCACUGAAGAUCUCACCAUCUGGUCAAAUUCUUGCUGUCACAUCCGACAAGUCCACUCUUCAUGUAUUCGAUAUCCCCCAUCCAGGCAAGCCUCCAAGACCUGCAAGCCAAGGCGGUGGAAGCCACUCACCAACCGAGGCGGAUCCAAGUAAAAAAUGGGGUCUUUUGAGCAAGAUUCCAUUACUACCACGAGUCUUUUCAGAUGGUUACUCCUUCGCUUCUGCCCAUUUUGAAAUCGGGGAUGAGGCCAAGUAUGGUACCCCUUCGAAUUAUUCUGGUAAUCCAGGAUUUGGACCACCAAAAGGGGUUAUAGGCUGGAUGGAUGACCAAACCUUGGCGGUUAUUGGUGCUGGUAGAGACGGAAGAUGGGAGAAGUUUAUUCUUGUGGAGGAUGGGGACGGCAAGAGAUAUUUCGCCAAAGAUGGGUGGAAGAAGUAUGUUGGCUCCGCCUGAUUUUGUAGAUUCGCCAUUGUAUUGUUUAGCGUUGGCGUCUGGGGUUGUCACUGGAGUUUGGAAGACUUUGAGGAAUUCUUUUCUAGAUUGCAUAGUAGGGUGUCAAGUACCGUAGAUAUCAAAUUGGGAAUGUCC